AUGCAAGACAGCAAGAAGAUAGCCAUCAUUGGCAGCGGCGCGGCCGGUAUGGCUGCCCUCUGGGCCCUGCACCAACAUUCUCCUCACCAGGUCUACCUCUACGAGGCGGCUCCUCGUCUUGGAGGCCACAUCAAUACUGUAGAGUUCAAGAAGGGGGAAGAUGGCGUCAAUGUCGACACUGGAUUUAUCGUGCUCAACAAUUCCACCUAUCCCAACUUCUUGAACUUCCUCAAAGCAAUCAAUGUCCCAACCACGCCCUCAGAGAUGUCGUUUAGUGUUUCCCGAUUCUCCGACUCGGGGUCAUUUGAAUGGGCAGGCUCCUCCUUGAGAAACCUUUUUGCUCAAAGCAGAAACCUGUUCUCUCUGUCAAUGUGGCGGAUGGUGUUCGACAUGGUGAGGUUCAACCACUUCGCUCCUGACCUUCUCCGUCUCCCAGAUGUGGAUAAUACCAUGUCGAUAGGCGAGUACCUCGAGAAGGAGGGAUACUCGGCAUUCUUCCGCGACAACUACCUAAUCCCGUUGACGGCAUCGACGUGGAGCACGAGCCCGGACAAGUGCAACUUGCAGUUUCCUGCUGUGACCCUCAUCCGGUUCUUAUACAAUCACAAUCUGCUUAAUACGCUCGGGCAGGGUCUCGAGUGGCUUGGCGUGACGAAUGGCGCAAAGAGCUACAUUGAUACCAUCAUGGCCGACUUUCCCUCAGAACGUGUCUUUCUCAACCAGCCUGUACUCUCUGUUGUGAAUGAUCCAGCCUCGGGCAUGGUCAAAAUCACCACCGCCAACGGCACAACAGCCGCCUACGACCAUGUCAUCCUUGCUACGCCUGCACCCCAGGCACUCUCAAUAGUAUCCCAAACCGCAACUCCGCUAGAGAAAUCCAUACUCUCGUCAUUCGAAACCACCACCAACACCGCAGUUCUUCACUCUGACGAGGCCCUUCUUCCCCAGAACCGCCGGGUCUGGUCCACUUGGAACUAUCUCAGCAACGGCGCGGCAGACCAGGUAUGUGUUACGUAUAACAUGAACCGGGCGCAAGGGGUCUCGCACGCGAAAUACGGGUCGGUGUUGGUGACGAUGAAUCCGCUGUUCAUGCCGGAUGAGCGCACGAUCCAGGGAGUAUUUCAGUAUGAGCAUCCUCUGUUUACUCCGGCGGCGGUGCGGGCGCAGACGAUGCUACCGAGGAUUCAGGGCACAAGGGGGAUCAGUUACGUGGGAGCGUGGACGAUGUAUGGGUUUCACGAGGAUGCGUUUACGAGUGCGUUUGGGAUGGCCGGGGAGCUUGGGGCCAGAAUCCCGUUUCCAGUUGCUGAUAGUCGCUUGAGGGGGUGUACAGUGAGGGAGGUUAGUUGGUUGAAAUAUGUAUUCAGAUUGGUGUUGCAGGGUGUGCAGGUUUUGAUAAUGUGGUUGGUGGGAGGGGAAGUGAAAAGGAAGCAGAAGGCGUGGUAG